AAGAUGCGUUGAUAAUAUUAUCGGAGCGAGAUCUCUUGCCGUAUUUGUCGGUAAAGAAUCAUGGAUCCUUUCCACAUAUUCACUCAGCCCACAGGCAACCUGAACAACCAUGGCAUUCAGUUACCCUACCUUGGACCACUGCCUACAGUUUCAGCGCCAGAAGUUGAGUUGGAAGAAACCGCUGAAAUUCCGGUCAAACUUGGGCUGAGGUUCGCGAUUGAGUCCAGGCGAUUUGCGAACGGUUUGGACAUCCCGGAGAUCGAAACCAAACCAGUGAAAACAGAAGUAGACCUGACCGAUGAACAAGCGGAAAAGCGAAAAAUGAGGAGAGAACGAAACAAGAUAGCCGCAUCAAAGUGCAGAUUAAAACGAAAAGCACAAGCAAGCAAACUAGAACAGAGCUCUAAAGAACUGGAGACAGCGAAUCAUGAUUUGGAAGUAUUGAUAAACGAUCUAAAGAGGGAGAAAUCAAGCCUUGAAGCUAUGUUAGGCAAGCAUAAAUGUUUGUUAAAAACACCCUUAGAAGAAACAAGAGAACAUUAGGAACAGAGAACUAACUCUGCCUACACAAGUCUACCUCCGUGACGUAUUUGCGGAAAAAAAGAACGUUUCUUAUUGGUCGAUACAGCCAGUUGCAACCAAUGAGAAACAUGCCACAGCGCAGACAUAGGUCCAAACAUGCAAAAAAACGUGACAGCGGAAAAAAUUACCCACAUGCACAACCCGGGUAUUAGGCACAGUUUAAAAUACUUUUUUUACACAAUUUUUUUAUAACGUAAUAUUUUUAUGAAUCUACGGCAUGACAGCAUUACUAAUAUGGUUUAAUUUAUACGAUGUUUUUGUAAUCUGGGUAUAUUGCGGGCAAUAUUUAUGUAAGGGAAAAUAUUUUGGUUAAUACCCAGGGGCCGGUUGUUUGAAAGGCGUUUAGCUUAAGCGGUGGAUAAGUUAA